GCCUCUCUCGCGCUCUGAAGAAGAAGCAGAAGAACCCUAAAGGUGAAGCAAGUUCAGAGUAAUAGAGAAAAUGAGCGGAGCAGGAGCAGAAAGAGGAUCCGGAACCACAAAAACUCCAGCAGAUUUUCUUAAAUCAAUUCGGGGGCGACCGGUUGUUGUUAAACUGAAUUCUGGUGUUGACUAUCGAGGUAUUCUGGCUUGUCUUGAUGGGUAUAUGAAUAUAGCCAUGGAGCAAACAGAGGAAUAUGUCAAUGGACAGCUGAAAAACAAGUAUGGUGAUGCUUUUAUUCGUGGAAAUAAUGUUCUCUACAUCAGUACAACAAAGAUGGCAGUCGCAGAUGGAGCAUAGUAUUGUGAUUUUUUCAACCCAGGAAGAUCAUCUAAUAUCAUGCCUUUUGCAAUUAUGUUAGUAUGUAAGCUUAGGUCGGAUUCAAAUGAGAAUGUACCUAGAACUUCUCUACUUGAUACUUUGUUCAAUGUGUCGUGGAAUCCAUGAAAGAAAUCAUCUGAUGACUACUGCUAAAUUGUGUUAAAUUCAGUUUAUAUCCUCAAGGAUGAUGAUGACUGUUUCUUCUGAUCUUUUAAGAAAAAAUGGUAUAUGCUUUACAAAAGCUUUUCGUGG